AAAUCGGAUCGAAUCAAAGCUAAUUAUUUUCCCCAUAGACUCGUCUUGCCCUGCUUUUUUGGCAUUGCCACGCCUCACMUCGCCAACCAACAAAGCGGCCACCAUGAACAAUAACGACAGCAUUUACGGAACCGUCGUUGCCACCUUUCUGGCCUCCGUCAAGUCGGUCGGAACCGCCUGCACCCUCGCCUCGGUCGGGAUCUAUUUGCACCAGCGCGGGUUCGUCGUGGGCAACGGAAAGCGUACCCUCGCCCUCAUAUCCCAGCAGGUGACGAUUCCCCUCCUCUUCUUCACCAAGAUUCUCUACUGCAACCAGGAUUGGAGCGAGGACCCCUGCCCCGACGUCACCUCCUCGCUGAGGGACGUGUGGAUCCUGGCGGUGUGGCCCCUGUGGGUCUGCACGAUGGGCAUCUGCGUGGGGCACUGCGUGGUGAGGCUCGCGGCGGUGGAUUCGAACACGGAUUCCCUGCACCAAAGAAACAGCAUCCUGGCGGCGGUCGCCUUUGGGAACUCCACCGGCCUUCCCAUCACGCUCCUGACGGUCAUCCACUCCAAUUUCGGGGCCUCUUCCGCGCUGGGUAGCGUCGAUCCCACCCUUUUUCUCAGUGUGUAUCUGGUCCUGUAUCCCGUGCUGCAGUGGGGGAUCGGUGGUGUGCUGCUGGCUCCGCCGGAGAGUAACGACAGAAAAAUGGCUGGUAGCGGCAGGGAACAGAGUGGGGACAGGUCAAAGAACAAGGGAUUGCCGAUGUCUACACCACCCAGCACAAGGAUGAUCGAAUCCGGUGAAUACAACGGAAACGGCKGUGGGAGCAUGGCGCACCAACAGGGGCCGACGCAGCAGCAGGAAACGCAACAAUACAUAUACCAACACACACCUCUCACCGAGAGGCAGCUCUCCUUUAAGUCGACCAUUAAAAAAUCCAUCAAAGACGCCGGCCAAAAGACCAAGCAGACUCUGGCCAACAACGUCGUCCACAACACUACCGAGAUGCCAGAAACAUAUCGUAUAACCCACCGUGGUCUGGAAAGCACGGACGCCUCCAUGUACUGGAGCGUUCAGGAGAAUCUCAACCGAUGGGGGAAGCCGCUUUGGGCCGAGGGUCGGAAGGGGAGCUUUUACCAGUUUGGGGGAUCAGGUGGUUCUUCGAACGACCAUGGCGUUUACAGCAACAGCGACAGUGGCUGCAACAUCGGAAUGGACCUCAGUGGUAGGGAAUCCAUCCCGGAGGAGGAGGGCCACUCUGCCAACGAUGGGGAAGUCUACGGCGUUGGAAUGGACCUCAGCGGUCAGGACUCAAUUCCGGAGGAGGACGACGACAAUGAGAAUAUCGUCACCACCACGUUUGAAAACUGUGAUCCCCCUUACCAGGCAGCAUCUGAAACCACGUCGUUGCUGGGAACAACCCAUGCGGAUGCAACACCGCAGUUUGCCUCUAACUCCGAUGGGACUGGUGGCGAACCCGGUUCCACACCGCUGACUCGGUCCGCCUCGGAGUCCUCGACCUCCUCUGGCAACUCCUCCUCACAACAGCAACUGCUGGACACUUUUCUCACGGUGGCGAAGCGGUGCCUCCAACCCCCGGUGGUGGCUGCGCUGCUCGGUCUCCUCUUUGCCUCGCUCCCGGCCAUUCGUGGUGUCUUCGUCGAUAUUGUCGAUCGCAAUGGAACAGCCCCCCUCCAGUGGUUCUUCGACGGGCUCUACGAGGCCGGAAAGGCGGCGGUUCCCAUCAAUAUGAUUAUCCUAGGGUGCAAUCUGAGCGCCUCAUACAUGCUGGAGACGAAAGCGAAGGGUGGUGGUGGAUGUAGCGGUUCGGGCGGCGCCAAUCGGGAAAAAAGACAUGGCUUUUCGACCAGGACCACCCUGCUGGUGGUCUUUGGCAAGAUGGUCGCCAUGCCGGUCGUCGGUAUGCUGUCGACGCUAGCUCUUGAUCAGAUCUACGACGUCCCCCACGACAUUGCCGGUGGGCUCUACCUGGUCCUCCUCAUCGUCUUUUUGUGCCCGACCGCAAACAAUGUAAUGGUCAUGGUAGAACUGAGCGGCGGGAGUGGCAUUGGCAACACAAGCGGUGGUGGAAGCAUGAAGGAGUCUAUGGCUAAGGUCAUAGCCUAUGAGUAUGCUCUUGCGCCCAUUGUGCUGAGCAUGACGGUCACCGGGGCAGUUCUCAUGGCCUCAUACAUGGCGUCCAGAGCAGAAGCCCAGGCCGCGGAAGCCGGGAUCCUGGGGUGAUGAUUCGAGGGAGAUGGAUGAUUCAAUUCAAGAUAGUGUGACAUUUAUAAUCAUGAUAUUGUAUUGUUUUGUUUUGGACUAGAUGUGCACUAUUUUCAUUAUUCAAAUAACAUUAUAAACUUCCU